AUGCCUGGUUCUGGUUGGUCUUUUAUUUUUCUGCUAAAAACGAAGUUUUUUAAGUUCUUUUUCCCCAAGAAGUCCCGCUCCAAUGGCCCAAGUCAUCUAUUUAAAAGGACCCUCCCUGCAGUGCGCCCCUCCUUGAAUUAUUCGGUCAUGCAAUACUUAUUGAAUAGAAAGAACCAAAUUCAUUUCGACCCCGUCGUAGUUCUAAAUCAUUUCGUGGCACCGGGCGUGGCUGAACCAUCUACGAUGAGGGGAGUGAAUGCGCAGGGAAGAAGCUUAGAUAAUAGAAUACGUUCUCGCAUCGCUUUUUUUGUAGAAAGCUCGACCAGCGAGAAAAAGUGUUUGGCCGAAGCCAAAAAGAGGUUGACCCACUUCAUUCGCUUGGCGAAUGAUCUUCGCUUCGCGGGAACAACAAAAACCACCAUCUCGCUCUUUCCUUUCUUCGGUGCUACCUUUUUCUUUCCAAGGGAUAGAGUUGGGAUUUAUAAUCACCUUUUUUUUGAGGAUGCCCGGGAACCACUCCUAGGUCAAUUAAGGAUCAAAUGUUGGAACCUCAUGGGUAAGGAUAAGGUAAUGGAAUUGAUAGAGAAAUUCAUAGACCUAGGUAGGAUAGGAGAAUGGAUAAAGGGAAUAGAGAUGAUGAUAGAGAUCAUACUAAGAAACAGAAGAAUUCCGUACGGGUACAACUCUUAUUUGAACGAAGUGAAAAAAAUGCGAUCUUUGUUGUAUAAAGGAACAAACACUAAUACCUUAAUUGAGUCGGUCAAGAUCAAAUCUGUUUAUCAAAGUGCUUCUCCGAUUGCUCAAGACAUCAUUUCAGCGCAUUAG